CCAAAUAGUUCCAAAAUUAAGCUAAAAGAAAUGUUCAUCAUUUCUUGAACAUUAGACUCGAAUUCUGAUCGAGGGAUAAUAUUGGAGAAAGGAUUCUCGUUACUCCGUUACCUUUUGCCGAUGAACUCCUUAGUCCUUACAAUCUCCACUACAGUUUUCUAACACACGAGGAGGCUUACUAAUUCAAAGAUUGCGUGGCAUGUGGGGUUGGGAUUGCAAAGUUUCGAUGAUUGCAAAAGAGAAUUGUGCUCUGAAAUGUCUCUCGCCAAGGUGCUAUGAACUGGUUUAUGGGAGUGACCCGGUGAGGGUAAUUUCAUGCUACUUACUUUUUGACAAUCAAAUGCUUGGUGAUCUGAUUUUUAGAAUUCCUGUGGUUAUGUGUUAUCCUUGCAGCUGGAAGAAGGUGAAAAAGACAUCAUUAGGAGUCAAGAAUUUAAGUUGUCAGUAUAGGAGUUUGAAAACUUCGGAGACAACGUAGAUUACUCCGGUAACUUUGUUACGGAUAGAGAAUUUGUUUCCUUAGAUGAAUUACAUAGUUGGGCUGAUGCGAUAACAAUAACAAUUGGUUUUCAAUUUACACGUGCUUCUUAUAAACAAAAAGAAGGACGUUCUAGAGUUAGUGUGUAUUUAAGAUGUCACCGCUAUGGUAUAUUAGGGGUGAUUUACAUAAUCUAGAUAAUGCUGCCCGACCUGGUUCUAAAAGUAGAAGUUGCGGGUGUAAAUUUUUUAUUGUAGCAAGUAGUCGUAAACCAGGAGAAAGACCUUGGACGGUAACGGUGUGUCCUGGUGAAAAAGAAAGACAUAACCACCCAUUCUUAGUGUAUAGAGAUGGUCAUGUAAGGGCAAAUAAGAUCAAUGUAGAUAUUCGGGAGCACAUACGACAGCUUAGUGCAACUGUAAUGCAAUCGGCCUUUAUUAUGACUUUUAUUAGAGAAAAUUUUUCUGGUUUUUUAAUAGUAUGAAUCAGAUAUAUAAUAUUAAGCAAUCAAUAAGGAGAGAACAGAUGGAAGGUAGGACUCCCCUUCAACACUGUCUUUAUAUGGCCACAGAACUUAAUUACGUGGUCUGGACAGACUUGGAUAGCGAAGGAGAAUUGAGCAGUUUAUUAGUUGCAAAUCCUAUCUCUAUCCAAAUGAUACGUACGUGGUCGUAUGUUGUGUUGAUAGAUACAACGUACAAAACAAAUAAAAAAGUGGCCACUGUGUGAAGUGAUCGGAAUGACUCUAACCAAUCACAACUUCUUGGUUGCGCUUUGUUUGAUGCGAGAUGAGGCGGCUAUGUCGUAUUCGUGGGUGUUGCAGGAAUUGAGAGAUAUUUUCGGCACAACUCAGACUCCUAGCGUCAUUGUAACCGAUCGAGACGAAGGUUUAUCUGCAGCUAUUCGUGACAUCUUUCCAGAUGUGCGGCAUUUCUUAUGCAUUUGGCAUAUUGCAAACGACGUUGAGAACAUUGUGGACAAAUUGUGUGGCUGUGGCGGUAAAAGAAAUCAACAAGGGCAAGUAUUCAGGAAAAGUAGAUGGAACCCCUUGGUUGAAAGUUCUACAAUCGACGAAUUUGAAGAAAGAUGGCAAGCGAUCGUGAAUACCUGAUCGGUUAGGAACAAAAAAGUCGUUCGGUAUUUGGCUGGAAUAUGGAUUCCAUUUAGAGAGAAAUUUGUGCGUGCGUGGAUGAAUGAUUGUUUGCACAUGGGUAACCAAACUACCAGCAGAGUUGAAAGCCAACAUUCGUCUUUCAAGUAUUACCUUGAUAGCGGUAAUAGCUCAUUUGAUACCCUGUUUAAAAGGGCACACGCACAGAUUACAAAUCAGCAAGCCAGGAUCCGACAAGCGCUACAGGAAUCCAUGAGGGUCCCCUCUGAGCAGGGUAGGCCUAGAGCUAUUACCGUUCAACAUGUAUCUAAAAAAACGCUUUCCUUUUUCUUGAUUACAAGCCAUUUACUACAAUUUUUGAUAAUUUAAUUAAAUAUUUAUAAUAAAUGUACAUAAUCAAACGUUACGUUAAUUAACAACAUGAACAAAAAAUAAUAAUUAAUUACCAACAACAAUAUUUAACUA